UCGUCCACCGCCCGAGGCCAUGCCCACCUUCCGCCGGAAACGCGUCGUCCUCGUCGAGCCUUCCGCCGCGCUCCUCCACGCCGCCAAGACCCGCCCGGAGAAGGAGGUGUACUACCUCGCGCAGACGGGCGAGAUCUUCGAGACAUACGAGGAGUAUGCCGCACGGCUGUCCUUCUACAAGCUUAAGCAUUUUCAAUGUGAGGUCUCGGGCAAGAGCAACCUCGACUACUUCCAGGCCUUGGACAGCGAGGCCCAGGAGGCCCGCACGAUGCAUUCGAGGUUCCCUGAGCAACUCAAGCCUGCGAUCCUCAAGGCCGUUCAAUGGCAGGUAAUGGGUCGACUAGACCAUCUGGUAGAGGCGGUCUAUGAGCGCUUCAAGGAUCGGUAUUUUGCUGGAGAACGCGUCCUCGUCGAGAUCCAGGGCGACAAGUUCCUCGCCCGAAUAGCCCAGGUCUUUCCCCCGCGCCCGACGUCACCCAUCAAAAACAACUAUCUUCCGCACAAGUCGCCUUCAAUGAGCCGACGGUCUCCCGGACCGGAAGAGCGACCCUGCCACGUCGUCCUGGGCGACCUCAAGAUUCCCGUCAAGGACGCCGACAUCGACGAUCCUGCUGCGUACAUCUACAAGGUGCAGAUCAUCGAGGAGGAAAGCGGGAAGGGCGCCGACUCGCGGAGCGACAAGAAGCUUUCCGCGAAGGAGCGCGAUGCGAGAGAGGUGAACCGGCAGAAAUGGAGCGGCAGCAUAAUGGAAGUACGAUGUAACGAACUGAGUCGAGAUCGCCUAUCGUUCUCGAAAUCUAUCUUGCGGCGUUUCAUUCGCGAUUGCGUGGACCGGGACGCUGCCGUUGCCUCGCCUUGGACGGUGAAGCCAUCUAUCGCUGAGCGAUAUGGCGUCAGCUCCGAAAUGCCUGAAGAGACCCGCAAGGGCGUCGAUGCCAUCAAGCGCAAAGAGAGCGACAAGCGGCGGAAGGUCUUUGAUGACAAGGAAGGACCGCCUUCCAAGAAACGCAAGUCGGAGGAAGGUCCAGAUGCCGUGCCUCCACUACCUGUUCCAUCUCCAGUUAAGGUCGAGGAGGUCAAAAAGGAGAAGAAAAAGCCCAUACGCUAUCCAACCGAGGACCUCGACAUCAGGUUGACGGACAAGGAGAUCAAGAGCGGGAUGAAGGUGCGACGACCGACACCCAGUCGCAGCACGUUACCUUUUGGCGAAGAUCCCGCCGCUUUCGAAGGAUUCCUCAUGUCAUACAACUUUCUUUGUGUCUACGGGCAAAUAUUGCAUCUCUCGGCGUUCACGCUGGACGACUAUGAACAUGCUCUUCGACAUUCGCUUCAGCAUCCGGUCCAACUCAUAUACGAGAUCCACUCGACCUUAAUCUACAACCUGCGCACGGUACCCUUCGAACGCCAUAGUGCCGUGGUAUCAUUGCUGAACUCGAAAGACGCCGAACCUGAGAGAUGCUUAGGCGUCACCAUCGACCAGCUGACGGCUGCAAUGGCUGAUAUUGGCAACAACUGGGAACGGGUACCAUUGCGACAUAGCGAACAACGAGAAGGGUGGGAGGACGCUCUCGUUGGAUGUCUGAAAGAUCACGCCACUACCUCCGAUUUUCCGCGCCUCAGGGAGAUUCUGACCCGAUUGUUGUUUGCGCCGGACAUCUCCAUCGAUUCGCCGUCAUCGGGCGAGUCGCCGUCAGCAGCAAGUAGCCCGCCGCCUACGACGUUGAGCGUUCCUUCGACACCGCAAGAACGAUAUCACACACUGCCACCUGCCGACAAGAUCGCCAUCUUGUCCUUCAUGUGCGGCCUGGCGGUCUCCAGCAAGACCAUACAUGCUCAUAUGGAGGCCUGCGAGGAAUCCCUCACCGCGCUCCGGAAGGAGAAGAUUGAGGUCAACCGCACGAAGAAGCAGCUGUUGGAGGACAUGGCAACUCUACUGGGCGAAGCUCAGGAGGUCGUGGAGAGCGCUGAGGCCAACGGCGGCGAGCAGUCGGAUCACCCGCCGUCCGCGUCAGAGGAAUCGGAGGCCGUCGCGUCGCGGAAGAAGCCGAAGAAGAAGGCGCAGGGCGGGUCGGCGAAGCAGCGUGAGGCGGCGCGGGCGAAAAUGACCGCGGCGAAGCAGGCGCUGGCCGAGCGCCGGCGGCUGGAUGAGGAGGUGAACAAGCUCGAGCGCAGGCUGGAGGGCAUCGAGCGCGAGUUCCGCAAGCUGUUCGGCGCGAUCCGCGUCAAACCGAUGGGCCGCGAUCGGUUUUAUAAUCGUGUGUGGUGGUUCGAUGGGAUGGGAUCUGCGUCGUUGUUGGGUAGUGGCGGCUCGGUGCAAUAUGGGACCGGCCGGGUGUUUGUGCAGGGUCCGAGCGAGUUUGAUGUGCUGUUGUUGGAGAAGGUGGAGGGCGAUUUGGCGGCGAGGCGACGUGAUGAGGAGGGUGAGGAAGGUGUGCUGGGCGUGGGGCAGUGGGCGGUGUACGAGAACGUUGAUGAGGUGGAGCAGUUCAUCGCCUGGCUCAACCCUAAGGGCGUCCGCGAGCUGGCGCUGAAGAAUGCAAUGACCAAGUGGUGGACGCAUAUCGCCCCGGGGAUGCGAAAACGCGCAGCGGACCUGGAGACACAUGCGAAGCUCCCCGACGCCCGACGCAGCCAAAGGAAGAGCGGUGGGAUAGGCGAGCUCGGGCGCGAACCGUACAUGCAAUGGAUUAAUCGCCGGGCGAGCUCCGGAGCAUGAAGAAAUGUUGCAUAGCUAUUUAUCGUAUUAGCACGUUUAGUGUACUAACCGCAAGAAGCUCAUUGGUUGUAGAAUCGCCGUCGUUGUACAUGUUCACUACUACUCGUGUUUGUUUCCCAAGCUUUCUCAAUGUAUCGCCAUGACG